UCCUUUCUUUUUCUGACAGCAGAUACACACACCCAACAACAACUACUACUACUACAGCCUGAAAAGCUAUGGAAUGCGUGUCUCGAUCCUGAUCCAAACCUCGCCCACGAAAUCGCGCCAGCGGGACCAUUUUAGGCGCGCGCACCCCACCCGCAAAGCACGCUUCCAGCUGUAUAAAGCCGAACCAUCCCAAGCAAGUCUCUCUCUCUCUCUCCUCAUGGCGCAAAGAGAGGAGGCUGGACGGGGCGAGCCUCCUCCAGCACCACCAGAGCCGGACGCAAGGCGCUCCUUCCCGGCAGCGCUAAAUGGAGAGUCCACCUCCUCCUCCUCCUCCUCUUCGGGCUUAUGGUUAACUGGGCUCCAGAAGGCGAAGGGAGAAGCGGCGGGAAGGGGCGCGGCGCCUCUCCCCGGCGGCCAGCUCCUCUCAGACGCCGCAGUUGUUCCGAAGCGACCCACAACUUUGGCGCGGGAAAAGCGCGAGGGACGCUCCGAAGAACUACUGCGGCAGGCGGCCAAGGCAGGGCGGCCCCUGCUGCGCCUGAGGAGAAGAAGGAGAAGGAGGCGGCUGCUGGAAGUUGCAGCUCCCUGCACUGACUGGGACCUACCUUCCCGCCGCUGCCCGGUCCUUCAAGCCGCCUUCUUCCCCGGCUUGGCUCUUUCUAAGCGCGGGGUGGGAACGCGAAAGGGCUCCCGCGCUGACUGGGAGCUGCCGGGCGAAGCUACAGGCGAGGCGCCCCGCUGCCGCGCACUCAGGCUCCUCGCGGGGAACGACGGCGCGCGGGCAACACAAACUCUCCGGCUGCCCCGUCAGGCUCUUCACUGGAGCGGCUCUCCGGCUGCUUUGCUUCGCCGCCAGGAGCAGCGCGGCGGCGGCGAGGCCACCCAGCUGUGAGCCAGAGGCGGGAGGGGAGCGCCACGUGCCCGGGCAGGGGCCAAUGGCGAGACGGCGGCUCGGAGCUUUGCCGCUCCUAAAUGCAACGCACCCGCCCGCCUUCUCGGCCGGGCGCAUGUGACCACGUCGCCGGCUGGAGUUCAGGUGAGGGAAGCGCCCUGCAAAAGGAGUCGGCAGUUUUUGCUUCUUUGAAAGGUGCCCUGGAAGUCUGUUGAACGGAAGGGGUGGAAAGCCAAUAAAUAAAUAAUCUGAUGCAGCGGACUCUUGGCUAACUGACUAUUGAUAUCACCAUGAAAAGAAUAACACCAUAAUACAUCUCACAUCGUCCAACUUCACCUGAAGCCCUCCCAGAAUUGCAAGGCAUGGGACUUACAGACAUUCUUUGAAGAUUGUAUCUUUACCCAGCCUGCAGAGACUGUCAGAUGCCUGACAGUACGAGUUAUAGAGGUUUGCACCUCUAUCUGGAUGAGUGAUGGUGUAACAUUGGAAAUAUUUAUUGUAAUAAAUAUAUAUUUUCUUUUUCAGAA